AUGACUGAGCAACAACAAAAUAAUCAAUCAUCUAUUAGUAUUAAAGACACUAAGAUUGCUGAUAUGGAAAAUGUUGAAGAUACAAUAAGUAGAAUAGAAGGAUUACCAGGAAUAGUUGCAAAAAAAAUAUUAAUUGUAGUAAAAUAUUUAUGGGUAAUAAUACCAUGUUUAUUAGUAAUAACAUAUGUGUUGUGUGUGUAUUUUAUUAUGAAAUAUUUUUAUUUCAAUUGGUCAUGGACUGAAAGAUUAUUUUGGUUUUAUUUUGAAUUACAUUACACAUAUUAUCAAAUAUUUUGGUCAUUCUUUAAAUGUCAUUUUGUUCAACCUAAAGAAGUUGAUUUAGGAUAUGAAAGAAAUUUAUUAUAUGAUAGUGAAGAAGUAUGUAGUAUAUGUAAUAAACCAAGACCUGCAAGAACACAUCAUUGUGGAUUUUGUAAACGAUGUAUAACAAAAUAUGAUCAUCAUUGUUCAUGGAUGAGUGCAUGUAUUGGAUAUCAUAAUGCAAAAUAUUUCUUUUUAUUUAUGGUAGGAUGUUUUAGAGGAAUGUUAAUUUGUGAUACUCAUUUAUGGUAUAUUUGGAAAAUGUAUUAUUCAAAUGAUAAUUUUCCAUUUUGGACUACAUUAAUAUUAUCAUUAUUCUUCUUUAAUAUUACAAUGGUAAUGAUUCUUCAAGUUUUAUUAAAUAGUAUUUGUUUUUCACUUAAUUUAACAAUGAUGGAACUUGUAGUUUAUUUAGGACAAUGUUUUAAGAAUAAAACCAUUUUUAUUUCAUUACCAUAUUACAAAUCAUUAUCUGAAAAUUGGCAUGAAGCACUUCAUCUUCCAAAACAUUUACCUAUUAUUUUAGGCUUCAUUCCUUAUGACUUUAAGAAUAAAGAACAUCAAGAAUAAUUUAUUUGAUUUACU